AUUCAAUUUCUUUCCUUUUCCAUUUUAUUUUAGCCAGUCUACUUUUGCUUUCAUACUCCAUAGUCCACACCCACCCAACCCCUUCCCCUGAAGAAAGAGAAAAAUUCUUUUUUUUUGGGAUACAGUCUCGAUAUUAUUGUUCUUCAAAACAGCUAAUCGCUUACUGCUAAGAAACCAGAUCAAGAGUCAAAACUUGUAGGCUAAUAUUGAGGAGUCAUGACUGUCGAAGUGGGGAGUAAGACUCCAGAAAGGCUUGAGGGAAAGUAUAAAGCAAUGGUAAUUUGCUGGAUUCUUGGGCUAGGUUGUCUUGUUGCUUGGAACAGUAUGCUCACAAUAGGAGAUUAUUACGGCAAACUGUUCACGAAAUACCAUCCUACAAGGGCACUUACCCUUGUUUAUGAAUCAUUUGCACUUGGGACAAUGGCGAUAUUAGCAUACAAUGAGUCGAGGAUUAACACUAGAUUGAGGAACUUAGCUGGUUAUGCUCUUUUCUUUGCAAGUACUUUAGCACUCAUUCUUUUGGAUUUAGCUACAUCGGGGAAGGGGGGACUUGGGCCUUUUCUUGGUAUAUGUGCCAUUGUUGUUAUUUUUGGAAUUGCAGAUGCCCAUAUUGAAGGUGGAAUGGUUGGGGAUUUAUCCUUCAUGUGCCCUGAAUUCAUACAGUCCUAUUUAGCUGGCAUGGCUGCAUCAGGAGCCUUGACCUCUGCUUUGAGGCUAGUAACAGUGGCAGCCUUUGAAAACCAGCACAAUGGUCUUCGCAAGGGAGUUAUGUUAUUCCUAGGAAUAUGCACCUUCUUUGAGUUUGUAUGCAUUCUGCUAUAUGCAUAUUGCUUCCCUAAAUUGCCAAUUGUUAAGUAUUUCCGUGCCAAAGCUGCCUCUGAAGGAUCAAAAACGGUUGCAGCUGACCUUGCAGCUGUUGGAAUCCAAACAAGAGCCAAUCAAGUUGAAGAUGAAGUUAUUCAAAAGGAACGAUUGAGCAAUAAGCAACUAUUCUUCCAAAAUAUAGAUUACGCACUUGAUGUGAUUAUGAUAUAUGUUGUGACAUUAUCCAUUUUUCCUGGUUUCUUAUACGAGGACACUGGACAUCACCAAUUAGGCGACACCUGGUACCCGCUUGUUCUUGUUGCAUCAUACAACGGGUGGGAUCUAAUAUCAAGAUAUAUCCCUCUUGUGGAAUGUCUAAAGUUAGAAUCUAGAAAGGGUCUUAUGAUUUCCAUUCUUGCUCGAUUCUUACUCAUUCCAGCAUUCUACUUCACUGCUAAAUACGCAGACCAGGGAUGGAUGAUCGCGCUCACUUCCUUCUUAGGACUCACUAAUGGUUAUCUAACUGUAUGUGUCUUUACAGUGGCACCCAAAGGUUACAAGGGACCUGAGCAAAAUGCACUGGGAAACAUACUAGUGUUCUGUCUAUUAGGUGGCAUUUUUGCGGGGGUUGCUCUUGGCUGGCUCUGGCUCAUUGGUAAACAAGGCUUUUAAUAAGAAAAGAACCCUUUGAAUGUAAUUAAAUUAUAUAUUUGAAAAGCAAUCGAUAUUUUUUUUUAUUAAA